AAAGAGAAUGAAUGGCUGACUACUCGUAAAAUAAAUAAAACUGUAGGAUACAAUAGUACCAUGGUUUACCAUUGUAUGUACCUCAUCAGUUAUUUGGCAGGGAAGCUAGAUGGCAGCAUAGCCACACACUUAUCAACUCAGGCCACCGCACACACAGUGUGUUUUAAAGUGGAGCAGGGAGGCUGUAUUUAGUACAUGUGUAUAGGCUUUUUCACAGCAGAUAUGUUGCCUUUUCAUAGUAGGAAAAAACCCGUCAUUGAUAACAUGAUAAUGAAUGAUUGCUCUAUUAUAUAAUAAUGCAGUCAUAAUUACUGUUUGAUUAAACCUGUGCUUUCACUGAUGACUGAGAGAGAGAGAGAGAGAGAGCAGGGAAAGCUCUGGUUUAGUGUGAUCCAGUUUCACAACACUGGUUAGUGCUGUUUCAGGGUUUAUUGACCUGCUGAAGAAGCUGAGAAAGACCUGACCAUCCAGAUAAUCACAAACAAACAGACAACUUAAUCAAUCACCUCUUGGGAAGCCUAUUUCAGUACAAAGAUUUGAGAGGACAGCUUGGACUUGAAAGGGGACAAGACAUAGAGCAAAGGGUCGCAGGUCGGAAUUGAACCCACGACCGCUGCGGCGAGGACCGAGCCUCUGUAUGUGGGGGGGGGUGCAAGCUCUACCAGUGGGCUCUUUAAGAGGAGAGCCGCUCUGCGAUCUGCUGAUCUGUCAGCAGGCGCGGUGCCGCCCUCUCCGCGCGCACUCUGCUGCUGCACCCCCAGAGACUGACAAACACCCGGCCGGCGCACCGAGCACCUCACUCGAUCUUGAUGCCGCUGAAGCAGCCAGCAGAUCAUACUGGAUAGGAUAUUCGAUCGUCAUGGAUAAUCGAUAAUUGAAGCUAAAAUGCGCCGUGCCCACCGUCCCUGUCAUCCCGGGCUAUGCAGGUGUAAAGGGUAACCAGACUGGGGAGGGACACGCGGCCACGCUUUAUCUCCGGACCACAUCAUACAUGUUUGAUGUGCAGCCAUGACAUGUUGUAACGCUUUGGGAUGGACUUCUUCUGGCACGCGCCUUUAGUUGGAGUCAUCGCGUUUGGUUCGGCUGGUUCGGUUGGUUCGGCUGGUUCAGCUGGUUUGGCGGGUGGAAGGAAGGAAGAAAGCAGCAGCAGCAGUUUGAUCAAACGCUGGGGCUCGGUAUGUCCUCCGUGGUGGUGUCCGGGCUGAGUGAGCUGAGCCUGGGAGAGCUGCCCAUGGAGAGCUGGAUGUCUCACCUGCCAUGCGCUCUGUGGGACACCCCCCUGUACCAGCUGGCCAUCCCGGGCAGCCACAAUGCAAUAACCUACUGUCUGGAUAUGAAUGACCGAUCCCCUGUGGACCUCACCCAGCCAGACAUGCUUCAAAAGCUGGACAAAUACAUGAAGCCUCUUAUUCGCCCCUUUGUUUACAAGUGGGCGAUAACCCAGGAGUACACUAUAAAGCAACAGCUGGACUGUGGGGUCAGAUACUGUGACUUGAGAAUUGCACACAGGCCCAAUGACAGCUCCACUGAUCUGUACUUCUACCACGGUGUCUACACCACGCUCACUGUGGAGACUGUUCUAAUGGAGAUACGAGAGUGGCUGGAUGCUCAUCCCAAAGAGGUGGUCAUCCUCUCCUUCAGCCACUUCCUCGGCCUGAGCCAAGAGCUCCACACGCUGCUGCUCACCACCAUACGCAACAUAUUCACCUCCAAACUCUGUCCCAAAACGGAAGUGUUAACUCUUCGAAACCUGUGGGCUUUAGGCUACCAAGUGAUGGUGUCCUAUGAACACAAUAUCGCCAGCUGCCACGGCGACCUGUGGCCACAUAUUCCUUACUGGUGGGCCAAUAAAUGCAAAGCUGAGGCUCUGAUCGAAGACUUUGAACACCGGAAACAACAUGGCAGACCAGGAGGUUUUUUCGUCACGGGAAUGAAUCUGACCGAGGACCUAAAAUACAUCUGCACACACCCGACAGAGUCCCUGAAGGACUUGGUGAUGUCCACGUACCCAACACUGCUCAGCUGGGUUAAGGAGCAGACUCCCGGCUCCAAAGUCGGCUCUCUCAACAUCAUUGCUGGGGACUUUAUUGCGGAGAGCCAGUUUGUUCCGACUGUCGUUACACUGAAUGAGAAACUACUUAAAUGGUCCUCAUGACUUCUCACCAAUUUGAGUUAUUCUACAACAAAAAAAAGUGAACCACAGCAUGAAAUACACAUGAGCUUGUUUUGUUAAGAGUGACAGAAAAAGAGUACUUGAAUUAUUUCUUUGAAUAUACAAAUGCACUUAUUUGGAGGCAGUGAAAUGUAUAUUUCAGUCUUGAAGGGUAACUUUGGGUUUUUUCAACCUGGACCCUAUGUUCCUAUGUUUUGGGUUCUAAGUGACUGAUGGGAACAACAAUCUUUGACAUUGGUCCAGUAUUAAGCGAGACCGCUGCAUUUGGCUGAGGCGAAACAAGCUGCAAUUUAAGUUAUCGGGCAAUUGUGCACCUGCAGUUCACUAAUUCUAAGUAAUGACAACAGCACUGUCGGAGCAUCCACAUGACGCAAGCCUUCGGUGAUCGUGCACCACCCCCACCCCUACCCCUCCUCCACGCAGUUGAUGGUUGCGUUUAACCGUCAAAUCAAGGAGGACACGGAGGAUUAAAGAAACAUGAUGGACUCUUCAGAAGAGGUAAUUAUCUUGUAAUUUUGAUGUCCUCUUUGUCUUCAAAGCUGAACUCUGCGUAGCAGCGAUGUAAAAUGUAUCACUCGAGCUUCUGCGCGCAAAAGUCGCCGGACGACACCAUUUUCUAAACAUAGCCAUACUGAGACAUACAGAGGCUUUUGUGGAGCUGACAGUCUUAAUUAUCUUUGUAGCAACUCAUUUGGCAAUUGCUUGAAUGUAACGGACGUUCUUUAAUAUAAAAUAGUUGUGCACUAUAGCUUUAAAAUAUUGCUUAAUUUAAUGGAGCUGUUUCUGGUUAAACAAAAAGGGCGACCUCUAUUGGGAUCCUUUUCAUAAUGUUGUCAGACACUUAAUAAUCUGGGCCUGUCAGUGGCCAAAACUUUUAGUCGACAGAAACUGACGGAAACAUUGUCCAUUUGACCUGUAAGGUUACAAUGCAGCCUGGUUCACGGCUGCCGGUUACAGCGUUCUCGCUCAAUACUGGACCAACUUCAAAGAUUUUUGUUCACAUUAGUCAGUUAGUAGUCUAUAUCCACGACGUUCCACUUCCGGGAUUACUUCGUUGCCAACGGAAAUUCCACCAGAUUUCGCUCAUUUAACGGAUGUCCGUUGCUUUGGGCUUCCUUUGUGUUGGUGGAUUUGUGAGGACUAUGGUUAACUGCUCCUCAGAUCUCUGCAGGGUAAAUCCAGACAGCUAGCUAGACUAUCUGUCCAGUCUGAGUUUUCUGUUGCACGACUAAAACUACUUUUGAACGUACACAUGUUCCAACAAAACAAGUUCCAUUUGGCAGCGGCUCCAUGCAAGACGGUUGUGAUUGAUUUAAAGAAAUGCCAAUAAACCAGAGCACGUUUUUCUCCCAUCCCGGAAUGCUGUGUGGACUAGUCAGACCCUCUCCCACAGUGCUGUGAAGGAAGGUCUGGCGAUCCAGACACAAAUAUGGUCCAGGUUGAAAAAUACAGAAAUUACCCUUUAAAGCUCCUGCACUAGUUUGUUUACAUUUAGUUCACUAUUUAUGCAAUGUACUGGAGCAGUUUUCAUGACUCAGCAAAGGUGGCCAGUUUUAUGUUAUAGUGACCAGAGCAAUAAUGAUACAACUAAUCUCACCUUGUAGACAUUUUAGAUGAGUAAGCACAAAUAAUGUAUUCAAUGAACACAUAUGACUGUAAUGUAGGUGAAGAACAUUUUAUUAUUUUUUAUUUAGCAAGUUUAAGAAACAGCUAAACUGUAACCUCCACCUACAAUACGUGUAUUUAUCCAUAGAGAAUGUAGAGAAGACAUGAAACUUAUGCAAAAUGCAUGGAAAUCUUAUUUGCAUGAACCCAGCCUUGUUUUACUUAUAAUUGACUUGAGCCAACAGGUUCGGCCUUGUUUUAAAAUAAUGCUGCACCGCUGUGCCUGUGGAGAUGAGCUUUUCCAAUAAACAUGAGCAUUUUUAAGCAAAUCACCUCACUUUAUUCACCGAACGCUCAGAUGCACAAAUCAGUGUGAAAAUGUUUCCUUCCGAGAUGCCUGUGCUGCAGUCUACUCACCAAGGCAUUUGUUCAUUUACACAAAAGAAGUGAGCGUGUAGCGAAUGUCAAACUAUGGAGUCCAAAGUGAAGGGCCACAGUGGGGGGAAAAAAGCUUUUGUGUUGCAGUAGGCUACGUGUUCCUUUUCAAUGCUUUGGCAUUCACUCACAAUAGUUUGUGUUACAUCAUCCUUCUGAAACUCUGCAGUACUGGGAUCAGUUCAGUGCAAUCCUUUUCCAACGAAGGUGAAAAACAGGCAAAUAAUUCAUUUAAAGCUCUGGUAUACAGAUGAGUUUAAAGCCACAAAACAACAUAACAUAACAACAUAUCAGGAAAAAGCUGUGUAUCAGUGUAAGGAAUGUUCUUACUAAUGGGCUUUAAAUGUCAACCAAUCAUAUUCAAGUUAACCAUUCAUUGACAUUUUUACUGUUUAUUUUUUAAGGUCUCUUUCAUUUAAUAAAGAGACUCUAGUUAAUGUAAAGAUGUGUAAACUGACAAAUUGAAUGCUUUUUUAGUACUGCCAUAGAUUGAAAAGUACAUAUAAUAAAAAAAAUAAAGAAAAUAACUCCAACUAAAUGGAUUCAUAAAAGAUCCAAACGGUUUAAUUUGUCCCAUUGAUGAGUGUUUCCUGCCAUACCGUUUGUCUAAUACUUUAAAAUGCUCUGUUUCUGUUUCCCCCACAGGUCAAUGUAAAUAGCCACUCUAUAAUGUAAAGCCACACCAGGUCUGAGCCACAGAGUAACAAGAGCUCUCAGUGGCCCACAUAUGUUCUCAGAAGAAUUCUCUCAUCAGCACUUAUUUGGAAAUGUAUCAGUUGAAGUAAUCACUAAUUAUAAUCAAUCACUGAAAAGUCAAUCAUUGUUCCAGUAACACUGUGCAGCCUCCAUGUCUCUCCAAUACUACAUCCAAACAGUUAGAGAGCUCAGAUGUGGUUUCGAAUGUACAGGGUUAUGUUUUUUUAUUGCCCUACCUUUAAUCAGGGACUCUGUGUUGUUCUUUGUCCUUCUUCUUAGUGGCUGCUGCAUGAAUGAUAUGUUGAUGAGUUAGACGUAGAAAAGCUUGUCUUUUUAUGAUGGAGGGAUGCGUAAAUAAACUGCACAUCAACACAUCA